AUGGCAAAUCCUUUCUUUUAUGAUCAACUUCUAUAUUGCAAAAUUGAUACUAUAAUAAACUGCCUUGUAAAAUAUAAUUCUCUCGAUAUUUUACAUUUUGUGCUAAGUGUAUAUGAGAAGCAAUCAUUUUAUUUACGUAAAAGUUAG